AUGCAGCCACUCGAGAUGGCCCAGAAUGUGGCUGACGCUCGAGCCGGCUUGUAUGCUCCAACUGUAUGCUUCCGGGUUCACUGCUGUGAUCUUGGAGCUGAGUGCCCUUGUCUGUAUCACCGCAGGAAACUGGAAGCUUGGGCUUGUGGACCCUGUAAAACACCUCCUUUCUGCUUCUCACUGGGCUUGCGCUCCAAUUGCUGCCAAAAGUUGGCAAGGCUGUUGUUCAGCUUGGCCUCAAGAUCACAAUGUGCAUAUCUGGGACCCUGGAAACACUCGCACUCCGCCAUGUUAGGUGAGUUGCAGUAG